AUGAGAUUAUCUAUUGCUUUGGGGGUUACUUUUGGUGCUGUUGCAGGUUUGACAGCUCCUGUGGAAGAAGUUAAAAGAGAUGCCGAUGCUCAUUUUAUCGAAUUGGACCCAGGCCAACCAAUGUUCAAGAGGGAAGCUGAAGCUCAUUUUAUUGAGCUAGACCCGGGUCAGCCCAUGUUUAAGAGAGAGGCAGAAGCGGAAGCCCAUUUUAUCGAAUUGGACCCAGGCCAACCAAUGUUCAAGAGGGAAGCUGAGGCUGAAGCCCAUUUCAUUGAACUGGACCCAGGUCAGCCUAUGUUUAAGAGAGAGGCAGAAGCCGAUGCUCAUUUCAUUGAGUUAGACCCAGGUCAACCCAUGUUCAAAAGGGACGCUGAUGCACAUUUUAUUGAACUCGAUCCAGGCCAACCGAUGUUUAAGAGGGAAGCUGAGGCUGAGGCUCACUUUGUGGAAUUAGACCCUGGUCAACCAAUGUUCAAGAGAGAAGCAGAGGCGGACGCCCACUUUAUCGAGCUAGAUCCUGGUCAACCGAUGUUCAAAAGAGGUGAAAUCGAAUCUGCUGCAUGA